ACCGAGUGCUCUGAAAGUAGCUGUCACAGGGCAAAAGGAUACUCGCAGCAGCAGGAAAUCGUUGUUUGUACCUCCAAUUUCUUUCUCUCUCCCUCUUUAUAUCUCUUCAUCUUUCCGAUCAAUAAAUUUACAGGUUAAUCCAUACCCUAAUCGUACUGUUCUUUCCACUAAAUCUUUCAUCAAUUCCAUUUCCAAUCGAUCACAAAUGUAUGUCAAAAUUCCAUCUGUUUUCUCCACACCCUACUUAUAAUUCCGUCUUGUAAUCAAUUCAGCCAUUACUAGAGUUUUGAUCUUUGUUUCCUUGAUUUCUGCGUUGAAAUAUUCUUGGAAAAACAGAGGGGUUUUGUUUUGAUCGAGUUACUGUCAACUUCUUGAACAGGAUUGUGAUUGAUCGGUUGAGCAAUUGGGGAUAAAUAUAGGGUUUUGAUAUGUUAUCGUAGAAUUUCUAGGGUUGAGGUUGUCGUGAAAAGCUGUUAAAGCAGUUUACCAUCAAUUUUGCAAUGGAGAAUCUUGAAAUUAAUUUGUUUGAGAGUUUGAGGUUUUGAUCCGCAGGGGUUAAAGUUACUGUUUCCCCCAUCCUUUCUGGGGACCUUUCAGAAGAACUGGGUGCGAAACAGUCCCGCCAAAGACCGUCGGCCAGGCCGGCUGCGGCCGGUACGGGACUAUGGUCAUUUCUUAGACCUAGCCCUCCUAAACCGUAUUCCCUUCAAUAUCUCCCACAAAUGGACUUCGUUUUUCGUCACACAUCUGAUCACACCCACCAUCCGCCUCCGGAAACAUCAACAAGCUCAUCAUCAUCCUCAGCCGCCCAGCCUCCAUCACACCCACCGUCUUCCCUAGAAGAGCCCGAGUACUUGGCGCGGUACCUUGUCGUUAAACAUUCAUGGCGUGGUCGAUACAAGAGGAUACUGUGUAUAUCAAAUCACACUAUAACAACUCUAGAUCCUUCAACCUUAUCGGUGACCAAUUCUUAUGAUGUGAGCAAUGAUUAUGAAGGGUCAUCUCCGAUCCCAGGGAAGGACGAGAAUUCACUGGAGUUUACUAUAAAUGUAAGAACUGAUGGGCGUGGGAAGUUCAAAGGAACAAAGUUUUCAUCUAGGUACAGAGCGAGUAUAUUAACUGAGUUGCACAGAAUAAGGUGGAGUAAAAUUGGCACUGUUGCCGAGUAUCCCGUACUUCAUCUUCGAAGAAAGACUUCCGAGUGGGCCCCAUUUAAACUGAAAGUGACAUAUGUUGGAGUUGAACUUAUUGAUCCAAAAUCUGGAGAUUUACGAUGGUGUCUGGAUUUUAGAGACAUGGAUUCCCCUGCUAUUAUUCUUCUAUCUGAUGCAUAUGGGCGGAAAAAUGCCGAUCCUGGAGGUUUUGUUCUAUGUACUCUAUAUGGAAGAAAAUCUAAAUCUUUUCAAGCUGCUUCAGGGACCUCAAAUUCAUCCAUCAUAGCUAAUUUGACAAGAACAGCAAAGUCAACAGUUGGAGUAACACUAUCUAUUGAAAAGUCUCAAUCACUCACUGUUGGUGAGUACUUACAACGAAGGGCUAAAGAUGGUGUUGGGGCGGAAGAAACUCCUUGUGGGGGUUGGUCUGUGAUGAGAUUGCGAACUGCGGCACACGGGACACUUGGUGCACCUGGACUGGGUUUGAUAGUUGGACCAAAAGGGGGACUUGGGGAACAAGGUGAUGCUGUACCUCGUCAACUUAUCCUAACAAAGGUUUCACUUGUGGAGAGGCGCCCAGAGAACUAUGAGGCUGUUAUUGUCCGUCCUUUAUCUGCAGUGAGUUCGCUUGUCCGAUUUGCUGAGGAGCCACAGAUGUUUGCCAUUGAAUUCAAUGACGGAUGUCCUGUCCAUGUAUAUUCUAGCACAUCUAGAGAUGGUUUACUUGCAGCAGUUCGGGAUAUGAUACAAACGGAGGGUCAGUGUUCAGUGCCUGUGCUGCCUAGACUCACUAUGCCUGGUCAUCCAAUUGAUCCGCCUUGUGGUAGAGCUCAUUUGCAACUUCAACAAGUCUCUGGUAUGUCACAACGCUCUAGAGCUGAUAUGGAGACUGCUACCAUGCAUUUGAAACACUUGGCAGCAUCUGCCAAAGAUGCUGUGGCUGAAGGAGGUUCCAUCCCUGGGUCAAGAGCUAAACUUUGGCGCAGAAUAAGGGAGUUUAAUGCAUGUAUUCCAUAUAUUGGAGUGCCUCCCAAUAUUGAAGUCCCUGAAGUAACUUUGAUGGCUCUGAUUACAAUGCUCCCAGCUGCUCCAAAUCUGCCUCCAGAAUCUCCUCCUCUACCACCUCCUUCUCCUAAAGCAGCUGCAACUGUUACAGGGUUCAUUGCCUGUUUACGAAGAUUACUGGCAUCAAGAACUGCUACCUCACAUGUGAUGUCUUUUCCUGCAGCUGUUGGAAGAAUUAUGGGUUUGCUAAGAAAUGGUUCCGAAGGAGUAGCAGCUGAAGCUGCAGAACUUAUUGCAGUACUUAUUGGCGGCGGUCCUGGGGAUAACAACUUAUUGAUGGACUCAAAAGGUGAUCAGCAUGCUACAAUCAUGCACACAAAGUCUGUGUUGUUUGCUCAUCAGGGUAAUCUUGUUAUUCUGGUAAACCGAUUGAAGUCGAUGUCUGUUUCACCAUUAUUAUCAAUGUCUGUUGUGGAGGUUUUGGAGGCCAUGAUAUGUGACCCACAUGGUGAAACUACACAGUAUACUGUCUUUGUUGAAUUGUUACGCCAAGUGGCAGGCUUGAAACGUCGGCUGUUUGCAUUAUUUGGACACCCUGCAGAAAGUGUACGGGAAACAGUGGCUGUGAUCAUGCGUACAAUUGCCGAGGAAGAUGCAAUUGCAGCAGAGUCCAUGCGUGAUGCUGCUUUGCGUGAUGGUGCUUUGCUGAGACAUUUGGUGAGUGCUCUUUUCCUUCCUUCUGGUGAACGACGAGAAGUUAGUCGACAACUUGUAGCACUCUGGGCAGACUCUUAUCAACCUGCUCUUGAAUUACUAUCUAGAGUUUUGCCGCCAGGCCUGGUUGCUUAUUUACACACUCGUUCUGAAGGAGAACCCGAAGAUUACUUUAAUCAAGAAGUAUCAUCUAUGAGUAGUAGAAGGAGACGCUUACUUCAACAAAGGAAGCAUCAUGCAGGAAAAGGUGUAUCAUCACCUCGAAAUACUCUGUCAUCUGCUACUAACUAUGAUGUUGGUGAUCCGUCAAAGCCGAUAGGUGCAGGUGUGUUCAGCACUCAACAGGUGCCUGCCAUUCAGUCCUCCGCAGUUUACACCGGUGAAAACUUGUCAAGUGAAUUGCCCUUUACAGGAGUUCAACCAUCUGAUCAGCCCAUAGGGAUUGCUUCUCCUGAUGUGCCAUCUGCUGCUGAUAAGCCGUUAGUUGAAUCAGUAGUUUCUAUCUCAGCUGAUUCAGAUGCCAAUGCGAUUGGGAUUCAGAAUUCAGAUCUUACUGCUCCAGCUCAGGUUGUUAUAGAGAGUACACCAGUGGGAUCUGGAAGAUUGCUAUUGAACUGGCCAGAAUUUUGGAGAGCUUUUAGUCUUGAUCAUAACCGUGCUGACUUGAUUUGGAAUGAGCGCACCAGGCAGGAAUUGCGAGGGGCUCUGCAGGCAGAGGUUCAUAAACUUGACGUUGAGAAGGAGCGAACUGAAGAUAUCGUUCCUGGAAGUGCAUCCUCAGAGACGAGUGGGCAAGAUAGCCUUCCUCAGAUAUCUUGGAACUACACUGAGUUCUGUGUCAGAUAUCCUAGCUUGUCCAAAGAAGUUUGUGUAGGCCAAUAUUAUCUACGGUUGCUUCUUGAGAGUGGGAGCAAUGCGAGGGCAGAAAAAUUUCCUCUGCGUGAUCCAGUUGCUUUCUUUCGAGCAUUGUACCAUCGGUUCUUGUGUGAUGCAGACACGGGACUUACUGUUGAUGGUGCUGUUCCUGAUGAACUGGGAGCUUCUGAUGAUUGGUGCGACAUGGGAAGACUAGAUGGUUUCGGUGGUGGUGGAGGCUUCUCCGUCAGAGAGCUUUGUGCUAGAGCGAUGGCGAUUGUAUAUGAGCAACAUCAUAAUACCAUUGGUCCUUUUGAAGGUACAGCACACAUUACAGUUCUCUUGGACAGGACCGACGAUAGAGCAUUAAGGCACCGUCUGCUGCUUCUUCUUAAGGUUUUAAUGAAGGUUCUUUCAAAUGUGGAAGCUUGUGUCCUGGUUGGGGGGUGUGUUCUGGCGGUUGAUUUACUGACAACGGUUCAUGAAGCUUCAGAAAGAACCGUUAUUCCUUUGCAGUCUAAUCUGAUAGCUGCUUCUGCUUUCAUGGAACCGUUGAAGGAAUGGUUGUUUAUUGACAAGGAUGGUGCACAAGCUGGCCCAGUGGAGAAAGAUGCUAUCAGAAGGUUUUGGUCAAAGAAAGCCAUUGAUUGGACAACAAAGUGUUGGUCUUCUGGAAUGCCAGACUGGAAGAGGUUGCGUGAUAUUCGUGAACUUCGUUGGGCACUGGCUGUCCGGGUUCCUGUUCUCACACCUCCCCAGGUAGGCGAGGCAGCAUUGUCCAUAUUACACAGUAUGGUAUCUGCACAUUCAGAUAUAGAUGAUGCUGGAGAGAUUGUUACCCCAACACCUAGAGUUAAACGGAUUUUGUCAAGUCUUCGAUGUCUUCCCCAUAUUGCACAGGCCAUGCUUUCUGGGGAACCAGCUAUUGUGGAGGUUGCUGCUGCUUUGAUAAAAGCUGUUGUUACUAGAAAUCCUAAGGCGAUGAUAAGACUAUACAGUACUGGCAUAUUUUAUUUUGCUUUGGCAUACCCUGGAUCUAAUCUCCUUUCAAUUGCUCAACUCUUCUCUAGUACCCAUGUUCACCAAGCUUUUCAUGGAGGUGAAGAAGCUGCAGUUUCUUCGUCAUUGCCCUUGGCAAAGCGGAGUGUGCUCGGAGGGCUUCUACCUGAGUCUUUACUGUAUGUUCUGGAGCGUAGUGGUCCAACUGCAUUUGCUGCAGCAAUGGUUUCUGAUUCUGACACUCCUGAGAUUAUAUGGACGCACAAAAUGCGAGCAGACAAUCUCAUUCAUCAGGUUUUGCAGCAUCUUGGUGAUUUUCCCCAGAAGUUAUCCCAGCACUGUCAUUGUUUAUAUGAUUAUGCUCCUAUGCCACCAGUUACAUAUCCUGAGCUUCGAGAUGAGAUGUGGUGCCACCGCUAUUACCUCCGCAACUUAUGCGAUGAGAUUCUAUUUCCCAAUUGGCCGAUUGUUGAACAUGUUGAGUUCUUGCAAUCAUUGCUUGUAAUGUGGCGCGAGGAGUUGACGAGGAAACCUAUGGAUCUUUCUGAGGAAGAAGCUUGUAACAUAUUACAGAUCUCUUUAAGUGAUGUGUCUAGAGAUGACUCUGAUAAAAAUUACUCUAAUGGGAACUCAGAGGAUAGUUCUAGCCUAACAAAGCGAAUUGAGAACAUUGAUGAGGAAAAGCUUAAGCGACAGUAUAGAAAGCUUGCAAUGAAAUAUCAUCCAGACAAAAAUCCUCAAGGGAGAGAGAAGUUUCUUGCAGUGCAGAAAGCAUACGAGCGCCUACAGGCCACAAUGCAAGGGUUGCAAGGCCCACAACCUUGGAGGUUGCUGCUUUUGCUGAAGGGACAGUGCAUCUUAUAUAGACGGUAUGGAGAUGUCCUGGAGCCAUUUAAAUAUGCUGGGUAUCCAAUGCUGUUAAAUGCUGUGACAGUGGAUGAUAAUGAUACCAAUUUCUUGUCCUUGGAACGUGCACCUUUACUUGUUGCAGCCUCAGAGCUCAUGUGGCUGACGUGUGUAUCUUCAUCAUUGAAUGGGGAAGAGCUUGUGAGGGAUGGUGGCAUACAGCUUCUUGCAAUACUUCUAUCACGAUGCAUGUGUGUUGUUCAACCAACUACUCCUGGAAAUGAACCAUCCACAAUUAUCGUGACAAAUGUGAUGCGAACGUUUUCUAGCCUUAGCCAGUUUGAGAGUGCCAGAGCGGAGGUGUUUGAGAUAUCUGGGUUAGUUGGGGACAUUGUGCACUGUACUGAACUUGAGCUUGUACCGGCCGCUGUGGAUGCAGCUCUUCAAACCAUUGCUCAUCUUUGUGUGUCCUCGGAGUUACAAAAUGCUUUGUUGAAGGCAGGGGUGUUGUGGUACCUAUUUCCGUUGUUGCUUGAAUAUGAUUCAACAGCCGAAGAACCUGAUGCUGCAGAGGCUCACGGAGUUGGUGCUAGCGUGCAAACUGCCAAAAAUUUGCAUGCAAUACGAGCUGCUCAUGCCUUGUCAAGGAUUAGUGGCAUGGCUGCUGAAAGUCCAACACCUUAUAACCAGGAUGCAGCUGAUGCUCUCAAAGCUUUGUUAACUCCUAAGCUUGCCAGCAUGCUGAAAGACGAGCUACCGAAGGACCUCUUGAUAAAAUUGAACUCAAAUUUGGAGUUGCCAGAGAUUAUUUGGAACUCUUCAACCCGAGCAGAGCUAUUGAAGUUUGUAGAUCAGAAGCGCGCAACCUUAGCACCUGAUGGUUCUCAUAGCUUGAAGGAUUCACAUACCUUUCUCUAUGAAGCUCUAUCAAAAGAGAUCCUCAUUGGCAAUGUGUAUUUAAGGGUCUACAAUGAUCAGCCUGACUUUGAGAUCAGUGAACCAGAAUCUUUUUGUGUUGCCCUUGUCGAAUUUAUAUCAAGCAUUGUACACAAUCAAUUUGCUACUGAGCCUGACACUCAGACGAGUGGCUCGACCCAUGAAACAUUGGAGCUUGAAUCAAAUAGCGAGGAGAAAACCGUACAUGAUUCUGUAACGUCAUCUGAUGGGAACUCAACAGACAAGGAGGAUUUGGGUGUGGUUGGCAACCUUCAACUUGGACUGACUUCUCUUCAGAAUUUGCUAACAAGUGACCCAAAUUUGGCAUCUGUAUUUUCUUCUAAAGAAAAGUUAUUACCUCUUUUUGAAUGCUUUUCCGUUCCUGUCCCAUCCGGAAGCCACAUUCCACAACUAUGUUUGAGUGUGCUCUCACGCUUAACCACCCAUGCUCCUUGCUUGGAGGCUAUGGUUGCAGAUGGGUCUAGUGUCCUCCUUUUACUACAAAUGCUUCACUCUUCCCCCAAUUGUCGUGAAGGGGCUCUCCAUGUUCUUUAUGCCCUAGCCAGCACACCAGAACUUGCAUGGGCAGCGGCCAAGCAUGGUGGAGUUGUGUACAUUCUUGAACUUCUCCUGCCGUUGCGUGAAGAAGUCCCAUUACCUCAAAGGGCAGCGGCUGCCUCUUUGUUGGGGAAGCUUGUUGCGCAACCAAUGCAUGGGCCUAGGGUGGCAAUUACACUGGCAAGAUUUCUGCCAGAUGGAUUGGUAUCUAUUAUUAGAGAUGGUCCUGGUGAGGCUGUUAUAAGUGCUCUUGAACAAACCACAGAAACUCCAGAACUUGUAUGGACACCUGCAAUGGCUGCUUCGUUGGCUGCACAAGUUUCAACGAUGGCAUCAGAUGUUUACCAGGAGCAGAUGAAAGGUCGUGUUUUGGAUUGGGAUGUACCUGAACAGGCGUCUAGCCAACAAGAAAUGAGAGACGAGCCUCAGGUUGGAGGAAUCUAUGUGAGGCUAUUCUUGAAGGAUCCUAAAUUCCCGCUUAGAAAUCCCAAGAGAUUUUUGGAAGGGCUGCUAGAUCAGUAUCUUUCAUCAAUCGCUGCUACACAUCACGACAUCGGACCUGAUCCAGAGCUCCCGCUGCUGUUGUCUGCUGCUUUGGUGUCUUUGUUGCGAGUACACCCUGCACUGGCAGAUCAUGUUGGAUAUCUUGGGUAUGUGCCCAAACUAUUGUCUGCAGUAGCCUUUGAGGCAAGGUGUGAAGGUCCAUCCUCAGACGAAUCAAAAAUGCCAGAUGCAUCAGUUGAAGGCGAGGAGAAUCCAUCCCAGGCAUCACAAACUCCUCAAGAGCGUGUGCGUCUCAGCUGCUUACGAGUGCUGCAUCAACUGGCAGCUAGCACAACAUGCGCAGAAGCCAUGGCAGCAACUAGUGUUGGGACAACACAGGUUGUUCCACUGUUGAUGAAAGCUAUUGGAUGGCAAGGUGGAAGCAUACUAGCACUUGAGACACUAAAACGUGUGGUGGUUGCCGGAAAUAGAGCACGGGAUGCACUUGUUGCACAAGGUCUUAGGGUUGGGCUCAUUGAAGUACUGCUUGGGCUUCUUGAUUGGAGAGCAGGAGGGAGAAACGGACUUUCCUCUCAAAUGAAGUGGAGCGAGUCUGAAGCAUCAAUCGGUCGGGUGCUUGCAAUUGAGGUUUUGCAUGCAUUUGCAACAGAAGGAGCACACUGUACUAAAGUUCGUGACAUACUAGAUUCCUCUGAAGUUUGGGCAGCUUAUAAAGAUCAGAAGCAUGAUCUUUUUCUUCCUUCAAAUGCUCAAAUAGCAACUGCUGGGAUUGCUGGUCUAAUCGAGAACUCUUCUUCAUCAAGGCUUACGUAUUCUUUAACUGCUCCUCCACCACACCCUAACUCGUCAAAAUCUCCUUCUCCUACUGCUGCUGCUAUCCCAUCCGAGUUCAAUGGAUCAUAAUCAAGUAAAUUGUACUACACAACCAACAAUGGCAAUACAAAUUGAAGCAAUCAAAGCUUGAAAAGUGUGAUAAUGAAUACAGAUGUGUUGGGGGGACAGCAAGCAGAAGAAAUAACAGGCAGGCAGGUUGUAUUGUUUGUUUAUUUGUAUAGCAUACUGUACAGAAGUUGUCUCUAUGGGAAGAGAUGGAUGUUUCUUGAGAUGACAAAUGGUUUUUAUGUAAAGAACCCUUUGAUGCAAUUUUUUUGCAUAGAUAGUUGAGGUGAUUUUGAUUUUGGUGUUCAAACAUUGGUUUUCUAUUUGUAGUUUGUAUGUUAUGUUGCUUUGAUUUGAAGAGGAAAUUCUGCAGUUUUUGUGUUCU